AUGACCGAGAAGAACCCGAAGAGGAGGUCGUUGAGUAGUUAUCUGUCGAAUGUGAGCAGCAGGAAGGUGGAGCUGGCAAAACUGGCCCAGGGGCACGUUCAGCCUGCUGCGCCCGUAGAUGCAGGAGGAGAUGCGGGCUCUACGGACACCAAGAGUGCUGCCACGGAGCAGAUCGGGGUGCAGGCAGAUGUCAACAAGCAGGAUCCAGUGGAGGAAGUACACAAGGAAGAAGCUACGGAAGAAGUGCCGGAAGAACCGCCCAAGGCAUCGCGGGAUGAACUUGAAGCACACACUGAGUCACCCGAGAGUGCUCCAGUAGGAGGAAUGGCGCCCUUCUCACGCGACGAUUUGAAGUCCGUGCUGCACGAAUCGAUGCCCGCAGAUGAACCCCUGGGCGAACUCCCGGAAGGACCGGAUCCGGUAGAUAGCGAUGCAGAGACGCAGACGGCGUCGCCGACCAAGCGGGACAAGCAGUCCGUAACACAAGGUGGGAACGUACCGACUCUGUCGCAGCUAUUCAACGGCGCGGAUGGAUCAGUCAACUCGGACUCAGAACUCUCAGACAUCAACGAUUUCUCCAGGAACAGCACGCGGAAUCUCGUCAGCUCUAGCUUCCUCAACGAGGAAUUCCCGUCGUCCCCGGUGAAACAACCUGCCAAAAAACUGCGGACUGCAAGGAGGCCCAAGGAGCCCGUGAAUCCAAAGACGAACAAGAAAUCCGUAUACAGGGACUCCGGCGGGAGAACGAAGUUGCAGAUUGCAUGUGACAAGGGGAAGAUCGCCCAGGUGCGGAGCUUGCUCGCUGAGGGAGACGUCGAUAUCGACGACCAGGACAACGCGGGGAACACACCACUACACGAGGCGGCGCUUAACGGACACCUCGACAUCGUCAAGUUGCUUGUCGAGACGGGCGCUAACGUCAAUAUCCAGUCGUUCGCGAUGUUUGGCGAUACGCCGCUGAUAGACGCCUCCGCAAACGGCCACUUGGACGUCGUGCAGUAUUUGGUUGCGCACGGGUCGGACCCAACCAUCACCAAUGCCAAAGGGCUGACCGCGUACGAGGCGAUUGAGAUGGACGACGAGUUGGACGACGACGAGAAGAUCCUUGUGCGAGAUAUCAAGAAUUGUCUCAGGGCCGCGUCUCUGAAAUGGACGGAUGGUCACCACCACGACCACGACGCGACCGCGGAGGCGCAACACAUUUCUGACGAGUCACACGUGGAAUUGUCCUCCACUAUAGAUUUCUCGUACACGGAUCUGCGAAGCCCGCAGGGUAUACAAAAACUUUUGAGGGCCUCGAAGGAGGGACAACUGAGUUACGUUGGACAGUACUUGGAGAACGGUGGUGAAGUGAACUUCCGGAGCUUUUUGGAGGCUGUACGGUUUGGACACGAGGAUAUAGCGAGUUUAUUCCUUGCCUUUGGUGCUCAAAUAAACAGACUCGGGAGGGAUGGUCUGUCACCGUUGAUGGUAGCCGUGGGGAGAGACCAUUUAGGGACCGUUAAAUUGUUGCUGGAGGCCGGUGCGGACCCAACGAAGAGGAGCCGAAACGGGCACACGGCGCUGUACUACGCCAAGAACAGCAUACUCGGUGUGGUCAGCGACGACGAGAUACGUAUGGUCGAGGAAGCCAUGACUGGUAGGACCGCAGCUGGCGAUGUGUCCACUGAGGGCACUAACGAUACACCUACCAGCACUACGAGGGGCACUACAGCGACGACCGUAACGACAACAUUAAAGGGAAGUGACGUGGAAUACAAUGGCGAGGAGGUAGAUGAUGACACCUCUGGGAGUGACGAGGAGACUGUGGACUCAGCUGGGGAGGAGGCGGUGAGGGAACUUCAGGACUCAAGCACAUCUGCGCGCGAAGAGGAGCCACUAGAAGAACAGGAUGAGGCUCAAGACGAGGAAUCAUCCCACGAGGAAGAACAAGAUGAAGCUCAGGACAAGGAGUCAUCCCACGAGGAGGACCCUGUGUUAAGCGUAUCUAAGCGAAGAAACUCGACUCCAACUUCGAGGAAGCGGUCUGUUUCGAGCACGAGUGUUGGUACGAGCGCCGGUGCAGCGCACGCACCUGAGUCAUCCCCGAAGAGGGCGAAACCUCGAGAGGAGACCGCUGAGGAGAGGGAGCAUCGGUUGAAGGAGGAGGAAGAAUACUUGCAACGGCGGUCGCAGAACAAGAAGCGGAAGGAGCAAGAGUACUUACGUAAACUUCAGGAGGAGGAACAGAAGCGGCUCGAGGAGAAGGCUCGACAGCGAACCGCCGAGUUGGAGAGGAAAGCAGAACUGGAGCGGCAGCAGGCUGCGGCACUGGCGAAGAAACUGGAAGGUGAAGAACUGGACCGGCGCCGGAGAGUCCGUGCGCUGUACCCGUUAGGGUUGAAGUUGGUUAACUUCCACGCGCUGGACGACGUGGAGCGGUACUUCCCCGUGUACUACGUGACACUGGACCACGGGGAGAGAUACGUUUUAGAUUUGCAGAUGCUUGUGAUCCUGAAACGGAGCACGCUGAUCUCACACGCGAACAGCGUCCCCAUCACUGACUUGAACGUUAAGGCACGGUUAUGGAACAUUUACAAAUACAUCUUCCUUUUCGGUGGACACAACAACGAUCACCACUACGAGACGUUGUUCCAGAACAGUGACAUUUCAAGCCGGCUCACUGCGGAGUUGCAAGAAUUCCACCGGUUUGCCAAUCUACCGAUGAGUUGGGUACCCUGGGAUGGACUCCUCGCGGAGGACCCCACCUUGCGGCGCACCAUCGAAGAAAACCACAUGGUGGCCAUUGACGGCGGCAACAGCAACACCAACACGGCGGCAACAUCUGCAGCAGCAACCACGGGACAGCCCCAGAUCAACCGGUCCCACCAGCGAGACACACUGACUACACUUGCUUUACCACCGCGUUUGAAGCGCCGCCGCGCCGCCGCCCAGUGUCUGACCACAGAGCGUGCAAGAUGCUCUCGUCCCCUGUGGUAG